AUGGGCUCCGUCCACUACUAUGGCAUGCCCAAACUGUGCAGGAACUGCAACCAACUGACCCUUCUGGCCGCAGCCUGCACAGCCAUAACCUAUCCAACACCAGUUACAGAACCAGACCCAGUCACAGCACCAGAACACCGGCCCGAGGGUUGUGCUUCCUCCCCUCUACAGACCCAGAUCCCGAACCAGCACCUGCACCAACCCAUGGUUUUCAGUCCCAGCCCCUGCACUGUUCCCACUUUCCAGUCCCAGCACCAGCCCCUCUGUCAACCAUGGACAAAGCAGCAGCCACCACAACUUGUCCUUCCUCCCCACUAUAGACCCAGCACCAACCCAGUUUGCGGUUUCCUGUACAACGCCAGACCACCAGACGAGGCGCGGAGGAGGGACCAAACAUCAGACAUUCACCCAGAGCGAGCAGACCACAGUGGAGUGCCAACAUUGAUCUCUGUCCAGUCUCCUCUACAGUCCCAGAUCCCAACCCAGUACUUGCAGCAGCCCCAGUGUUCGCAGUCCCCAGUCCCAACACCAAGCCCAGCACCAACCCAUGGUUUACAGUCCCAGCACCAGCACGGUUCCCAGUUUACAGUCCCAACACCAGCACCAACCCUGACACAGCACCGACCAACCAGAACUGCCACCCCAUCCAACUGUUGCCAGCCCAGAUCACACCCCUUCCCCUCCAGCAACACAGACAGACCGCAAAACACUCCACCAGACCAAGCCACAACAGCAGCCCCAACCCGACACAGGACCAAACAACCACAAGUGCCAAUUCAAUUCCGAAGACACAUUGUGGACUGA